UUGUUUUGGUUCCUCCCUCGUCUGACGGCAUCUGGACGGCAUGCAGUAGAUUUGAUUGAAAUGAAAAUGCUGCCCGGAAUUGGUGUUUUCGGCACGGGCAGCGUGGUGCGCAUCAUUGUCCCCUUUUUAAGAGCAAAGGGGUUCGUGGUGGUAGCGAUCUGGGGACGAACACCUGCGUCUGCCCAGAACAUCGCCAAAGAACUUAGCAUACCGUUUUACACCAGCAAAGUUGACGAGGUUCUGCUUCGCAAAGAUGUUGAUUUGAUUUUCGUUCUCUGCUCUCCGCACCUGCACGCGCAAAUUUCGGUCAAAGCUCUCGGAAUCGGGAAACACGUUCUCUGCGACCGCCCGGCCGGGAUUUGUCAAAAUGAUGCACUGAAAAUGGUGAAAGCGUCUCAAUAUUAUCCGUCUCUUAUUUCAAUAGUGAAUCACAGUCUGCGUUUCUUGCCUGCCUUUACUAUGAUGAGGAAAUGCCUCAGGGACAACUACGUCGGGAAACGAAUCGACCUGUGCGACGUCAGAAUCAGGAUUUCCAGUCUCAUCGACGAAACUGAAGGCUACGACUGGACUUGUGAUGAGAGAAUGGGAGGAGGAAUUUUAACCCUAGUUGGAAGCCACGUCAUUGAUUUGCUAUCAUUCCUGACAGGACUACGAGCAACCCGGGUUCACGGAGUCAUUCGAACGUUUGAAAGUGAAACAGCACGAGUUCAAGGCAUCCGCAGGGUGACUGCGCCCGAUUUUGCAACAUUCCAACUUGAGCUGGGUGGACCAAUAAACGACUACAAUUUAUUAACUGGAGACAGACCCCCUCUCCUUGUGACAGUCCAGUUGAUGAGCUCCAACCAGGCAGGCGCGUUCAACCAAGAAUUAGUCAUUACUGGCGAAGCAGGUGCACUUUGGGUCAAAGGUGGUGAUCUUCACGGACGCAGAAAUAAUGCUAAAGAAGAGUGCCUCUAUUUAGAUGUUGAAGAUCUUGAGAAUCCCACUGGCAAUGAGAGUUUACCUCGUCCGUACAUGAAAGGCCUCUUGAAGAUGGUUGGUGCCCUGAGGGAAGCAUUCCAAAGUGUCGAGGACCGUCGGGGGUGGGUCAAAGAACCCGUGGCAGACGCAGCCACCUUUCAGGAUGGUCAAUAUGUACAGGCUGUUAUGGAGGCGCUCCGCAAGUCAAGCAGGCACAUGAGUUGGGAGAGAGUGAUUUUGGCUGAUGAAGAGGAGCAGGACUUGAACAACCCACUCCUCACAAGAGCCGCCGCCAUGCUCAGGCAUCCUUAAAUGUCGCAGAUUUCAUGAACAACGAAAGCAUUUAAUUGCAGAUACAAUUGUUCUCAGAAACACCCAACGAGCAAAGUAUUGUCAACAAUUUAUGUAGUAUUAAUUUAUGCAUUUCAUAACAUUUUACUAAGAUCAUUCCGCCGAUCAUUACAAAUUAAUAUAAUUGUCUUCUUAUUGACACGUUAAGCUCUUUUCCUAACAAUAAAAUAAAAAUAUUAUUUUCACUGUU